CUGGUCUGAUCCCUCGCCGGGCGCGCGGCCUCGGCGGUUUGACGUGGCAGUUCCCAGCCGGCGGCCACUCCGUAUACGCGCCCCGCCUGCGGGCACCGGCCGAGCAGAGGCGCGGCGGGACCUGGGCCACCGGGAGGGGAGCGGCGCGGCGGCGGUGGCGUGCGGACGCGGGACCAGGGUUCUUUUGUAGAAUUGUCCUUUGGAAUGAUAUUUUCAUAAUGAGUCAACAAGGUUAUGUGGCUACACCGCCCUAUUCUCAGUCCCAGUCUGGAAUAGGCCUCUCUCCCCUUCAUGGGCACUAUGGGGAUCCUUCCCAUGCAGCUUCUCCGCCAGGUAUGAUGAAGCCAGUUGGGAACUUGGGGGCUACGGCCCCUGUGGUGAUGAUGUCUCCCAGCCCACCACCUCCUGGACCCCAUCAGUUAGGCCAGAAUGGAGCUCAGGCCUCAGGUCAUUCUCCCCAAAGAUUUCCAGGCCUUCUACCUGUCAACAGUGCAGCACCCUCUUAUGCACAGUAUCAGCCCUCGACACAACCAUCUUAUCCAAGUCCUGUGUCCACUUCAUCUGUCACCCACCUGGGCAGUCAGCUCAGUGCUAUGCAUAUCAACAGCUAUGGUUCGGGCAUGGCUCCCCCCAGCCAGGCACCCCCUGGCCCUCCAUCAGUAGCAUCCUUCCAGGGUCCUCCACGACCUCCACAGCCAUCCGUUUUGCAGCCUGGAUCCCAGGUUCUCCCACCACCCCCGACCACACUGAAUGGCCCUGGAGUCUCACCACUGUCUCUACCAGCGCACAGGCAGGAUGGGCUGCCUGGGCUACCACCUCUGAAUACCCAGUACCAGCCCCCACCUCCGCCAGGCCCUGUGCUGGGUGCUGGGUAUUCUCCACAGCAGCAGGCAGCCAACUAUGGCCCACAGAUGGCAGGUGCACAGCUCUCCUACCCAGGCAGCUUCCCUGAGUGUCCAGCACAGAUGGCCGGGACACCCCCACCCCCGAAGAAGCUGGAUCCUGACUCCAUCCCCAGCCCUAUCCAGGUGAUCGAGAAUGACAGAGCUACAAGAGGGGGACAAGUUUAUUCCACCAACACUAGAGGCCAGGUGCCUCCCCUGGUCACUACCGACUGUGUAGUACAAGACCAAGGCAACGCUAGCCCUCGAUACAUCCGCUGCACUACGUACUGUUUCCCGUGCACAUCAGAUAUGGCUAAGCAGGCUCAGAUUCCACUAGCUGCUAUCAUCAAACCCUUUGCCACAAUCCCUUCAAAUGAGACUCCCCUUUACUUGGUAAAUCAUGGAGAGAAUGGACCAGUCAGGUGUAACAGGUGCAAGGCCUACAUGUGCCCAUUCAUGCAGUUCAUCGAGGGAGGAAGGCGGUAUCAGUGUGGGUUUUGCAACUGUGUGAAUGACGUUCCACCAUUCUACUUCCAACAUCUGGACCACAUUGGAAGAAGACUGGACCACUAUGAGAAGCCUGAGUUAUCUCUAGGAUCAUAUGAAUUCGUUGCUACUUUGGAUUACUGCAGAAAAAAUAAGCCUCCCAACCCACCAGCCUUUAUCUUCAUGAUUGAUGUUUCAUAUAGUAACAUAAAGAAUGGACUCGUCAAGCUCAUAUGUGAAGAACUGAAGACUGUGCUGGAAAAACUUCCAAAGGAAGAGCAAGAAGAGACAUCUGCAAUCCGAGUUGGUUUUAUCACAUACAACAAAGUUCUCCAUUUCUUCAAUGUGAAGAGUAAUCUGGCCCGGCCUCAGAUGAUGGUGGUGACUGAUGUUGGGGAAGUCUUUGUCCCAUUGCUGGAUGGGUUCCUUGUCAACUAUCAAGAAUCCCAGUCUGUGAUUCACAAUUUAUUGGACCAGAUUCCAGAGAUAUUUGCAGACUCUAAUGAAAAUGAAACUGUCUUUGCUCCUGUCAUCCAAGCUGGCAUGGAAGCAUUAAAGGCAGCAGAAUGUCCAGGGAAGCUGUACAUCUUUCAUUCCUCCUUGCCAACUGCCGAAGCACCAGGGAAGCUCAAAAACAGAAAUGACAAAAAGCUACUUAAUACAGACAAAGAGAAGAUACUUUUCCAGCCCCAAACCAGUGUCUAUGACUCUCUGGCCAAGGACUGUGUGGCCCACGGCUGCUCGAUGACUGUCUUCCUCUUCCCCAGUCAGUACGUGGAUGUGGCGUCUUUGGGUCUUGUCCCUCAGCUCACUGGAGGAACUCUUUACAAAUACAACAAUUUCCAGAUGCAUUUGGAUAGCCAACAAUUUUUGAAUGACCUCAGAAAUGACAUUGAAAAGAAAAUAGGCUUUGAUGCUAUUAUGAGAGUUCGUACCAGCACAGGCUUCAGAGCCACUGAUUUCUUUGGUGGAGCUUUUAUGAACAAUACCACUGAUGUGGAAAUGGCUGCUAUUGAUUGUGACAAGGCAGUGACUGUGGGGUUCAAGCAUGAUGACAAGCUGAAUGAAGACAGUGGAGCCCUAAUCCAGUGUGCUGUGCUUUACACAACCAUUGGUGGCCAAAGAAGACUUCGAAUUCACAAUCUUGGCUUAAACUGCAGCUCCCAGUUAGCUGAUCUUUACAACAGCUGUGAGACAGAUGCCCUUAUCAACUUCUUUGCCAAGUCAGCCUUUAAAGCAGUUUUACAUCAGCCUUUGAAGGUCAUCCGGGAAAUUUUAGUUAAUCAGACUGCCCAUAUGUUGGCUUGUUACCGAAAAAAUUGCACAAAUCCAUCUGCUGUGAACCAGCUUAUUCUCCCAGAUUCCAUGAAAAUAUUUCCAGUAUACAUGAAUUGCUUGUUAAAAAACUGUGUGCUCCGUAGUAGACCAGAGAUCUCCACAGACGAGCGGGCGUACCAGAGACAGCUGGUCAUGACCAUGGGUGUGGCUGACUCGCAGCUUUUCUUCUACCCACAACUCCUGCCUAUACACACAUUAGACCUGAAGAGUACAAUGUUACCUGCUGCUGUUCGUUGCUCCGAGUCUCGACUUUCAGAGGAAGGGAUAUUCCUUCUGGCUAAUGGUCUAAACAUGUUCCUGUGGUUGGGAGUAAGUAGCCCACCAGAAUUGAUCCAAGGGAUAUUUAAUGUUCCAUCUUUUGCACAUAUCAACACAGAUAUGACAUUGCUGCCUGAGGUGGGAAAUCCACACUCUCAACAACUCAGAAUGAUAAUGAAUAUUAUCCAACAAAAGAAGCCAUAUUCAAUGAAGCUCACAAUAGUAAAGCAGAGAGAACAGCCAGAAAUGGUUUUUCGACAGUUCCUGGUGGAAGACAAAGGACUUUACGGAGGAUCAUCUUAUGUGGAUUUCCUUUGUUGUGUUCACAGGAAAAUAUCUCAGCUGCUUAAUUAAAUCAUCUGUUGUUGAUGUUGCAUUUUAAGGAGAUAAUCUCCUUCUUGGUGCCUAAUUUUGUCAAUGAUAGUGGGAUAAUUUUCUUUUCUGAUCAUUUUCAGAAUAGCUUUUCAGGAUGGCAUUUAAAACUUCAGCUUUGGUGCUCAGGUAUAAAGCCAGUGAAGGUACAGUUGUGCCCUAAAGAGAACAGCUUAUUUCUGACUGCACAAUUUUUAAGUUUUAAAACUGACUCAGUUUGCAUUUCAUGAAAAGUACGACAUCUUAGUCUCUUUCUUUGUUGCUGGGACAAGAUACCUGACACCCAUAACUUAAAGGAGGGGAGGCUUAUUUUACAGUCUGAUCAUGGUCAGCUCAAAAGGAGAAAUGACAUGACAAAGGGGCAUAGUAGAGGAAAGCUAAUUAAAUCAUGGUGCCCUGGAAUUGGAGAGCAAAGAGCCAGGGAGAAAAAUAAGCCCCUCCAGGUCAAGUUCCCAGUGACCAUCUCCUCCAGCCAGACCCCACUUCCUAACAGCAGGUCAGCUAUGAACCCAUUGUAGACCAGUCCCCCAAUGAGUACACUGCCCCAUGAUCCAGUCUCUUUCCAAACUCAUAAGACUUUGGGGGCAUAUUUCAGAUCCAAAUGAUAGCACAUUCCUUACAUUCUCAACUUUCUUUGUUCCUAGACAUCUAUUUUUCAAACUGUAUAGAUUUGGGGUACAAAGUUGUCUUGGUUCCUCUCCCAUUUGCCACGAGAGGAAAAAAUCAUUUUUAUAUUAUACCUAAGUUUUAAACUAUAUAAACCCACUGAACAUAUUUUCAAUCUAAAGUUUGCAUAGCAAACCUUUAGUAACCUUGAAAUCUGAUAGAACAAUUUUUGUUUUACUUUGUCAAAACUUUUCCAGUUGUUUUGUCUAUAGAACUGUCUUUAUCAAUAUUCGUAAUAGUUCUUUGUACAAUUUUACAGUUUCUACUUGUAUAUAAUGGAUAUUAACCAGUAUCGAUAAAUCACUUCAUAUACUCUGUGUAGACGUACUCAUUUUUAUGUACUUUGAGAUUUUUAAAAUGAUAAUACUCAAAAGUGACAAAAAAAUUGGAUGGAUCACAAAAUCAGGAUAACAAAAUUUUUUUUUCAAGGUUGAGAAGUGUUAGGUAAUAAAUCUAGGAAGUAUCAGUGAACUUAAGAAAGGUAGUUAAAAAGUUCUCGAAUAUCUUGCCCGCAAAAUAAACUGGCAACAUGAGACCAUUAUUGGUGAGGGAGUGGUUUUCAGAGCUGUGACACAUCACCUGUCCCAUUCAAAUUUAUCAACAAUAUGGAUUAAUAAUAAUAGCCAAUGUAUAAUCGAGUUCAUAUCAUGUUCCAAGAACUGUCAUUUUUAUAUUUAGUCCUUACAGCAAAAGUAAUCCUACUACCCCUAUUUACACAUGAAGAAACAGCUGGAAGCAAUUAAGUGCUUUGUCUAUGAUUACUUGGCUAGUAAGGAUUAUAAAUUAGAUACCAUGAAGUUGAGAAUAACAAAACUCCUCACAUUAGCCAACUGGCAGUGUGCUUCAGAUCAGUGUGGAUGAAUUUAAAUUGGAACUGUAAACUCCAAGCUUGUCAUUUGAGUCCAAAAAACAAAUGCACAUGUAGGAGAUGCUUCUUGCAAACAAGUACUAAAGAAUUCAUUUCUCAUUAUAAGUCAGUAGUGGGAUGAGAAAGCAAAUGUAAUCUCAAGCUACUUUAUUUCAAUAGGAUAAAUCCAAUAAAUAAUGGAAAUGCUUCCGUGACCAUGAGGUCUGAAAUAGUGCUCCCUGCCCCAAACCUUGAGAAGCAGUAGAGUAGGAUGGUUGAAGAGCACAGGCUCCAGAACCAACAUUGUCUUCUGCAUUUGCUCCAGAAUGGGCUCUCUGAUCCAGGCAAGUCAAAAGGACUUGUGUAUCCCAGUUUCUACGCAGUUGUUUCAAUGAUUAAUAAAGGCAAAGGGCUUACAAUUAGUGUCUCACAGAUUUAAGUGUUCACUGCUGUUAUUUCACUAAGGUUUUUAAACUUGUGAAGGGUUAUGAAAACUAGGAUUAUUGUGUUUAUUGCUGUCAUGAGCAUCUUGUGAAAUGCUAUGGAAAUGAAGUUUCAGACAACAAAGUAAACUUACCAAUAUGA